AUGCAAGACGUACGAAAAUUUCAUCAGGCCUUCUAUGCUUCUUGUGAUAAAAUAACACAGGAUGCAUUCCUGUUGAAAUACAUCAGCAAUGAAACGCCAACCAGGCCUGGGCCUAGUCAUCGUAAAGGUAACAAUAAUCCUGGUCCUGCCGAACAUUUUGUCAAACGGCCAUGUGUGGAGCCCGUGUCACCACAACCCUCCGUGGAUCGCUUGUCUGUCACGUUUGCUGCUGAGGAGCCCAGCGUUAUCUCCAUGGAGAAAGUGCGCUUUGAACCUGAUAAUGUUCCAUCUGAAGCAGAAGAAGAUGAAGACUACUCUCAGAGCGUGAGUGCAAUAUUCCAACGUAAAGCCUCCACACGCCGCAGUCGCAAGAGAAGACGCUCUUCUAGUCCACUGUUUACGCAAGAGGCGGAAGAUAACCAAAACGGUGUCCGUAACCGCAGAAGAUCGUCCGUCUUUACAACCAGCUCUGGAGACACUGCCAUAUCAGUGGAGGAUGCUGUACAAGAGCAGAUUCUGCAGAACAUAAAACUCCAUAAAGAAGUACUUAGUAGCGUGAAGCAGCAGCCAUGGAACAUGCGACGAAAACUGCGACUGGUGAGACAAGCACAAGCAUACAUACGCAGACAUGAAGGGGAGCUGCAGGAGCGACUUGCACAGAGUCGUAGUACCCGGGAUAUACUGGCCCGCUUCAACAUUGUCCUCAUCAAGCACUGGCAGCACACCAAGAGAGAGUUGGCUAACCUGAUGAAUGUACUGAUCCCCUGGGAAAUCAGAAUCAAAGAGAUUGAAUCUCAUUUUGGAUCGGUGGUUGCUUCAUAUUUCACAUUCCUACGUUGGCUAUUCUGGGUAAAUCUUGUGACUGCUGUUGUCCUUAUAGUGUUUGUUGCCGUCCCUGAGAUGCUGAUGGCCAACAAGCAAAAGGCUGGAAUGCGAAAGAAGAUGACGGAAGACGAGAAGGCCAAUGCCACCAAUCUGUUUACCCUUUGGGACUUUGAUGGAGUCCUGAGGUACUCGCCCCUAUUCUACGGUUACUACUCUAACCAGGACCCAGAGGACAAGAGUUUGGCCAAAAGCAUCGGCUACAGGAUGCCUCUUGCCUACUUCCUCACAGAGCUCGUGGUCUAUAUUUACAGUUUCGUAGCCAUACUGCGCCGGAUGGCAGAGAACUCUCGCCAGAGCAAGCUGUCGGAGAAGGAUGACGAGUGUGUCUUCACAUGGAAACUAUUCACUGGCUGGGACUACAUGAUCGGAAACUCUGAGACUGCCCAUAACCGCACUGCCUCUAUCAUCCUGGGCUUCAAGGAAGCACUACUCGAGGAAGCUGAGAAGAAACGAGAUGAAGGCCGCAACUGGAAGGUCACCAGUCUGCGUGUAUUCGCGCACCUGAAUGUGUUGUGGUUGCUGGGUUCGUCAGUGUAUGCUGUGAUACUCGUGGUACAUCGCUCGACACAACCUGAGGCCGAGAACGGUUGGUGGCGCAAGAAUGAGAUCACCAUCGUCGUCUCACUUAUCACCACGCUAUUUCCGGCCUUUUUCGAAGUUCUUGGCAUCAUCGAACAAUAUCAUCCUAGAAAGAAACUGCGUAUGCAGUUAGCCAGAAUUAUGGCUUUAAAUUUAUUGAACAUUUACACUUUGAUUUUUGCUUCGUUCUCAAAAAUAAAUGAGAUGAGCAACACACUUCAAGCUCUCAGACCAAAGAAUGACUCUUUUACAACAUCUCAGCCUCCCUCAGCAGCUUACCAAGUCGGAGCUAAGUUUCCAAAAUCCCUCUCCAUAUCAGAACCAUAUACUUAUGAAUGGAAUUCAACUUUGUCAACUGAAAAAUUUAUGAAUUGUAGGAACAUAACUGUUCCUUGUUCUUCAACAACAGCAAUUACCAUGAUGACUGUACUCAUGUCUGUUUUGGCUGCAAAUAGUACAUUUACUCCAUUGUCUUCUAAUGAUGGACAUUCUUUCAGUAGUGUUUCAACUCUUCCUUCAACGCCAUUAUACAAUUCAAGCUCUCAGAAUCUGACCACUUCUUCACAGUUGACUGGGCUUGAUGAUACAACAUCUACUAAUCUGGGAAUGUACUCAAGUCUAGAUCCGUAUUCAACAACAGAUUUUGCAGUAGAAUUUGAUGGUGACCAAAUUAAUGAUUUCAAAGAUUCUGAUGAAUUCCUUAGCGUUGACAGUAGUUUUACAGACUCUACAGUCAGUGAAAGUGUUCAAGAGUCAGGUGAAACUGCAGUAAACACAAAUGUCCCUAGCUUAUCCGAGACAACACAAUUAACAGAACUGACUAACAAUGAUGUGACUGUGGAAAACUCUACACCAUCUGAUAAUUACCCGAGUUCAAUAGAAUUAUCUACCCAGGAUUUUGAUUUUACAAGUUCAUCAACUUCCAGUGACUCAGUUUCUCCUGAAAGCACAUUAGUGGAACAAAUAUGCAUCAAAACUGUAUGUGACACUGUUCCUUCAGAACAGUCAACUACAACCCGUACUGAUCAGCGGAUUUCACUUCCAGUGUCCACAACACAAACAAUGGUAUCAACCACCCCCACCACUACUACUUCUAAUACAGCAUCUCCUGAUAUGGAAGUCCUUCAGUACUCAGACCUCACUGCAUAUAUUGACUCUCUGGAUGCUGAUACCUGCAAGAAGCUAAGACCUCUCUGUUGGGAGACAAUGUUUGGCAGAGAGAUGGUGAAGCUCACCGUCAUGGAUCUGGUGAUGACUGUACUGUCCACUUUGAUGGUAGACUUCUUCCGAGCACUAUUUGUGAGAUUCAUGAACAACUGUUGGUGCUGGGACCUGGAGAAGAAGUUUCCUCAGUAUGGUGAUUUCAAGAUUGCAGAAAAUAUCUUGCAUCUGGUAAACAAUCAAGGAAUGGUAUGGAUGGGAAUGUUCUUCUCCCCAGGGUUGCCUCUCAUUAACAUUAUCAAGUUGGCCAUCAUGAUGUACCUUCGCUCAUGGGCCGUCCUCACUUGUAAUGUUCCUCAUGAGGUAGUAUUCAGAGCAUCUCGGUCCAAUAACUUCUAUCUGGCCUUGCUGCUGACGAUGCUGUUCCUCUGUGUGCUACCGGUUGGCUAUGCAGUCGUCUGGGUAGUGCCCUCCUGGCACUGUGGUCCCUUCUCCAACUACCAGAAAAUAUACUAUAUCUUCACCAAGAGUCUUAAAAAGGCUUUACCAUACAAGUCACUUCAUAAAGCUUUUGACUACAUGGCAUCACCUGGUAUCGUGAUUCCACUUUUGAUGCUGCUGGUACUCAUCAUCUACUAUCUUAUUUCUCUAACGAGUGCUCUACGAGAAGCUAACAAUGAUCUCAAAAUACAACUUCGAAGGGAAAGGACUGAAGAGAGGCGGAAAAUGUUCCAGCUUGUUGACAAAAAAAGACAAGAAGCUGAAAAUCCUGUUUUCAAAUGGAGAAAAGCACUGCCCAACUCACCAAGUGGAAAGUUGUCAAUUGCUGAUAUUUCAAUUGAUAUCCUGAAAGCAGGAGCUGUUAUAAGUAAUGGAACAGCAAAAUAUGACUCAAAACAUAAAGAACUUAUUGAGGAAUUCAUUAAAAAAACAAAGAGAAUGCCCUCAGGCACAUCUGAAGAAGAAAACGGAGUUCAAGAAGCAGGGGAAGGUACUGACAUUGAGCAUCAAGAUUCACUGCCGUACGAUAUAUCUAAGGUACAAAAAUACUCAGAGCUGUUAGUUAAAAAAGAUGACACCAAAAAGAAAAUUCUUAAAGAGGAAGAUAUUACUAAAGGAGAUCACAAGAAAAAAUCACCCAAAGAAAAACAAUCAAUGAGUAAAGAGCGAGAAGAUUCAAUUAACUCUGGAUGGUCAGACAUUCCUGAAAUCCGAAUAAUUCAGACAGAGAGUGCAGAGCGAUUGGAUGAUGUGGGAGGCCAAACAAGAACAAAAAAGAAUUGUGAUACAGAUAUUGAUAAUGAAGAAAAGUAUAAAGUUACCAAAAGGAAAUUAAAAAAAGGAAAAUCACAACAGAAAAUCAAUCAAAUUUCCGAAACUAAGAAGAGUAAUAAGAACAUGAAAAAUAAUAAACCCAAGAAAGAGCUGAAUUUUAACGAAAAAGAUAGUAAAGAUUCUCCUGAAAACACCAAGAAAGCUCAUAAGCAGAAAGGUAGCACAAGUACUAAAGAAAACAGAAUAUCAUCAACAGAGAACCGUGCUCUAGAUGUUGAUGUUAAUGAUGAAGAGAACCAGUUAAUGUCAGAGAAUGAUGAUGAAGAUGAAAAUGAUCAAAGCAAGUUUAUUGUUCGUAAAGUAAAAUCAGGAAACAACAAAUUAAAGACACUACAAAAUACAAAAUCACAGUUAAACACAGCCAAUAGAGGUAUCAAAAGGGUUAAAGCUAAAGAGAACAAAUCUACAGAAGAAAGUUUUGAAAAUAAAUCUACAGAUAAAAGUAACACAGUAGAAUCAAGUAAUGAUAGUGAAGAAUCAAAUGAACAUACUGAAAGUGAAGAUGAUGAGAUGAAAGGAGAUAUAAAAGAGGACAACUAUUCAGAUCAAUCUGAUACAGAAGAUGAAAGUGAUCAAGGAAAUAGUGAGGAUGGGAAUGAUGUAGAAGAUUUUCCUUGUGAUGAAAAUAAAAUAAAAAACUAUAAAUGUUCACAGCAAGACAUUAAAAAACUAACAAAUGAUUUUGAAAGUGGAGAGAGUGGUGAGAGUGAUGUCUCAUCCCAAAAUACUGUUAAACAUGUUAGUUUACAGCAACAAAGAAAAGAAAGUAGAGAAGAAGAUAUUAAUAAAAAACAACCCGUUAAAGACCAAACAAACUCUCAGAAAGUAAUGGCCAGAUUUAAAAUUGCAAAUGUUCUUCUGAAUGAAGCAAGAAGAAGAAACAGUAAUGGUCUUGAGGAAAGUUAAGUUAAAUUUAUACAAUUAAUGGAAAAAACAUAUUUAUUUCAGUCAUAUAUUUUGUGACGCACUAAUAAGUUAACAUGUUAGCUUUUGUGGAAGAGUAUUUUAUAAAACAUGUGAUUGUGCAUUUUUUAUCUCACCAAAGUAAUUUUGUAGUAUGUGAGAAGUAAUUAAUUAUUUUAUGAUAAAAAUAUUGAAAUAUAAUACAUUAAAAACAUAACUUAAAAAGAAUCUAAAAUUUGCAUAUUGAUUUCAACAACAUUAUAGGGCUAAGGUUUGGAGAGUGAAUACCGUAAGAUGUACACUUUAUUAAUUCUAUAACAUUUAUCUGAUUAAUUAUAAUACUUUUGUUGUGAUUCAUUAGGCUUCUUACUCUAAAUGUGAACCAUGACAGAAGAUUUGGUUUAAGAGUUGAGUACAAAUCCUGAAUUAAUUCUGACCAAUUUAUCCACUUAAACUUCAGAAUGAUUUUGUAUAAUCAAUCCAAUGUUGUUUCUUUUGUGUGUGUAUAAUUUUUUAUUGUCUUGUUUUAUUUCAUUUUUCUUUAUAUAAAAUAACCUAACAUGACUUUAAACUGCAAUAAUUUGAUACUGGCAUUAAAUAAAUAUUUUUUUUUGUACUUGUAUUAUAUACUCAGAAAUGUUGUACAUCAGUCUAUAAAAAAAAACCAAUAACAUAAAUGCUUCUAAGUGCACAUACAAAAUAUUUCUGAAUGUUAUGUUAAUGU